AUGGACAUUAUCAAUAAAGAGUUGGCAAAAAAACAUGAACAACAAAGCGAUAGUAAGACAGAGACGUUUUUCGAAUAUCUGUCUGCCAACAAAAAUGUUACACAGAAGAGUAUGGCACUGUAUCUUACUGGAAUGAUGGCAGCUGGUAUUGAUACGACCAGUACGACGUGUCUUUGGCUGCUUUACGAACUGUCUCGGCACCCAGAAGUGCAGGAGAAAGUAUAUCAGGAGAUGGUAUCUGUCCUCGGCCCUGACGGGGAAGUAUCAAAAACAAACAUUCAACGUUUAUCGUUCAUCAGGGCAACUCUGAAAGAGUCGGGGCGUAUGAAUCCUGCCGGUGCGUUUGUGGUUGCUCGGGUAUUUGAUAAGGAUCUCGAUGUUCUCGGCUACCGUAUCCCUGCUGGUGUAUAUGUUUUAUUGCACGAACAUUUACUGUCAGUUGAUCAGCGCUAUUACGGGGAAGAUGCGAAGCAGUUUGUGCCAGAGCGGUGGCUGCGUGACGAAAUGGGAAAGAAAAACGACCUAAAUCCGUUUACUUCAUUACCGUUCGGUUAUGGAGUAAGAAUGUGCUUAGGUCGGAGAUUGGCCGAGUCAAUGAUCUAUACUUUGGUAAGCAAACUCUUACUAUGUUUCCAUUUGGAAUACGCAGGAGAUACUGCAGUGAACAAGGACAUAAAGGAUGGGUUAAUGAAACCAGACCGACCUGUCUUAGUGAAAUUCAUACCAAGAAAAAGGACAUGGACUAGUUAG